GCUAAGUUUAGAUACUCAACUUUGAGUCUUAUUUGACAAAAAGUGUAGGCCCUUGUCAAUAUUCUAAUAUAUUUUGUAAUUUAUUUAAGUUUUACCUUUUUUUUUUAAUUAUUUUUUAAUCUUACAAGGCUAUAAAUUAAAAGUGACAUUUGUAUAUUUUAGAGAGUCUUACCAUUGAAAAAUUAAACUUAACUUGAUUUGUUAAAUUGAAAAGUGAAUAUGAUCUCACCAUUGAAGGUAAAAAAUAACUCAUUUUGUAUUUUAAUACUCAAAGUUAAGUCUCAACAUUGGAGAUGGUCUUACGCCUAUUGAAGUAACUUUUAUUACAUAACGGAAGGAGUAAAUCCAAAAGAGGCCUAGCCCAUUAACCCACAAAUUUGAUUUUUUACUUCUCGACUUUCUCACUUGCCAAGUUUCCACGCGCCACCAUGUACAGCCGAAUUGUCCUUUGAAUCCCAGAAUUUCUGAACUCUGACGAUUCAACAUUUUUACGCAAAGCUUACAAAUUUUUCCUUCUAUACUGUACGUGUACAGUACAACUCUCAUGUUUUCAAAAUUUUUACCAAAAGGGUAGUAAUGAUCAUCCUCUAUUUCAAAAAAAAAAAAAAAGCCAAAAAAGUGAAACAAAAUGAUCAAAAUUGAAUGACUAAACGAUGAAGAGGAAGGAAUAUUGCAAUAAUUCUGGACAAUUUUCCACAUAUUGUCUAGAAAAUUCAUCUGGGUUUAACAACCACAACAAUAAGAAGAUCAACAAUUCAAGAACAGCAGCAGCAAUAUCAUCUGGCCAACAAUUCCCGCUCACUCAUUGUCGUUGCGGAGGAGGUUUCUGCAAAAUCAAAAUCACUCCUAAAACUCAGAAACUUUUCUACACUUGCCCAAAUGUUUAUGAAUUGCAUUGUGGGUACUUCAAAUUUUGUGAGGAUUUGAAGGAAAGGGAGAUUUCGCAUGAUCGUCCUAAGCCUUAUCCGAUUUGUUCAUGUGGGGCUGGAGUUUGCAGGGUUGAAACUGAAAAAGAAGGCCUUAAUUCUGGUCGAAAGUAUUUUGCUUGCAGAAUCAAAAGGGGAGAAGGUGCUUGCAAUUUCCGGCAAUGGCAAUGUGCCACUGCUUAUGAUAAUAGCAUAAGCAAUGAGAUUGAGAUGAUUCGCAAAGAAUUUGAAAAUGGUGAAAUUGAUCUUGACUUUCCCCCUCCUCUGGAGGAGGCCCUUGAAAUCAAUUCUUCAGGUGAAAUGUUUUCUAGGGACAAUGAUGCUCAUCAUAGUCCUCAACCAAGUCCCAGUAGCCCAUUAGAUGUAGAGGCUCUUGCACCAAUGGAUUUAUCAGCAGGCUCUCGUUGUGUUGUUGUGAGGUGGCUUCCCCACAGUUGACUCUUCAUCAGAAAGCUUUUUUUUUUUGGGAAGUAUAGUUUGGAAAAGUUUCAAAUGUUUUGGUCUAUUCUUAGGAGUCUGCUGCUUUUAACACGGUCCUGUCUUAAAGUGAGCCAGAGGGUUUAAAGAUGUCGAUGAGAACUGUAUUGGGGUCUUUGGUGACAAAUGAGGCUAUUACAUCAGAAGUUUUAUUUUAGAAACCAGGUUCAGACUGCAGUAAUUUCUCUUGGAUGUUAAGCGUCAUGUUGCUAACCAAAUAUGUAUUUAACUAAUUUAAGUGUGAAGUUUGCUGAUACCUUUUUACAAGUGAGCGUGCCUAAAAUUUCUUUACCUAAAGAAAUGUUGUUUGUAAAUAAAGGUCCUCUACUCCUAUAUUUGUUGAGAAAAUCCAAGGCUUGUUUGGUUGAAUGUAGGAAUUGCAAAUUCCUUGAAAAUUUAUUUUGU